AUGAAAAUCAACCAUCGCAAAUUCAAGAAAUCAGAAACAUCAUUAUCUUCAAAGCUAGUUUUGGAAGAAAUUAUUGGAUUAACAACGAAGAAUGCGAACGGACUGGCUUCGAAUAUAUCAACGGCAAGAUUUGCUUACAUUGCAGGAUGUGUUGUAGUUGUUUACAAUGUGGAUUCAACUACCCAAUCGCAUCUCUUGGUGUCUCAUAGACCACCGAAAGCCUUAACUUGUGUUGCCAUGUCUCGGGAUGGCCGCUUCAUAGCUGCUGGAGAGUCUGGGAAUCAACCAGCAGUGUUAGUGUGGGACUGUUCGACUAUGAGUUUUGUAUCUGAACUGAAGGGUCAUCUCUAUGGAGUUGAAUGUAUUGCCUUCUCACCAAAUGGAGAGCAUAUUGUUUCGGUUGGAGGAUACAUAUAUCUUUGGGAUUGGAGAAGUGGGAUUUUGGUGACAAAGCUUAAAGCAAGUUCAUCUUGUUCUGCUGUUACAUCUGUCAGCUUCUCAUCAGAUGCGAAAUUCAUUGUGACUGCUGGAAAAAAGCACUUGAAAUUCUGGACAGUUGGAUCUUCUCCAGGGACUCGCUUAAGCAAUGGGACAGGAUCACUUGAAUUGCAUGGGAAACCUGUUAAUCUUGGCCCUCAGAAAGGAAGUUCAUUCAUUUCUGUCACAUCUGCAAUCUGGAUGACUAAUAGUCCUUCUACACCUGAACAAGUUGGUGAUUUGUUUCCCAUUUAUGUGUUGACUGAUGAAGGUACUUUAUGCCUUGUGGAUUCUGGGCUGUCAGUAAGAAAGAUGGUGGACUUAAAGGAUAUUGGCUGGGUUGCUGCCCCUUGUUUUACAUCUUUAAAUCUUAAAUUGCAGGUAGAACAAGGCUUUGCACUAUCUGCAUCUGAUAAGCUCAUUGCUUGUGCUUGUUGUAAUGGAAUUGUAAAACUCUUUACUAGUGGGACACUAAAUCACGCUGGAACUCUGCUAUAUUCAAGGGCCAAAAGUUUCCAUGGGGAGACUAAUUUUCAUUUUCAGACUACAGAAGUUGAAAAAGAUUUUCAACUUGGGCCUGCUUUGCCUGAUGCCAUUGCUUGUCAAUUCUCUACCUCGGAAAAGUUGGUGGUUGUUUAUGGAGAUCAUACCCUCUAUAUUUGGGAUAUUCAUGAUAUGAACGAGGUCACUAGGUGCUGCACAUUAGUUUCACACUCUGCAUGCAUUUGGGAUGUCAAGAAUCUUUGUUGUGAAAACAUGCAUGAUCCAUCUCUUGCAUGUAUUGCAAGAGGUUGUUCUGGUGGAGUUUCAUUUGCAACAUGCUCAGCAGAUGGUACUAUUAGGUUAUGGGAUCUUACUUUGCAAUCCAAUUUGGUAGAGGAUGACGCUGACCAUCAAUCCUCGAAGGCCAAACAAAUGGGCAGCACACGUUUAGUAAGUUCUGGGAUUUUGGAGCGAGAUACUGUGGAGGCAGGAGUUGGCAUUCAAGGGUUUCGGUCAAUGGCUGCUAGUUCAGAUGGAAAGUACUUAGUUGCUGGUGAUUGCGAGGGAAGCCUUCACAUAUAUAACCUAUUAACUUCUGAUUAUGCAUGUUUUCAGGGCAUUCAUGAUGCUGAGAUCCUCUCAUUGAGCUUCAGCUUGUCAAUCAAGAAACAUGUUAUUUCCGAAGAAACGCUGGAUAGCAAUUACUUCCUUGCAUCAGCAGGACGAGAUCGAAUUAUCCAUCUUUAUGAUGCCAAAAGGAAUUUUGAUCUCAUUGGAAGUAUUGAUGACCAUUCAGCCGCUGUGACUUCUGUAAAACUCACUGUCCAUGGCCAUAAGAUUCUCAGUUGUAGUGCUGAUAGGUCACUGGUGUUCCGAGAUGUUUCUGUUGCAGAGAGCGGUUGUAAGAUCUCACGACGUCAUCAUCAAAUGGCAUCUCAAGGAACUGUGUAUGACAUGGCUUUAGAUCCAGCAAUGGAGUUUGUUGUUACAGUUGGGCAGGAUAAGAAGAUAAACACAUUUGACAUUGCUUCUGGGAAGCUAACUAGAUCGUUCAAGCAGGAUAAGGAUCUUGGAGACCCCAUAAAGGUCUCAAUGGACCCAAGCUGCAGUUAUUUGGCAUGCUCCUACUCCAACAAGUCUAUGUGCAUGUAUGACGCUAUCAGUGGAGAGAUGGUCACUCGUGCUGUGGGACACGGUGAAGUAAUAACUGGUGUGAUCUUUUUGCCUGACUGCAGGCAUCUAGUAUCUGUUGGAGGUGAUGGCUGUAUUUUUUUGUGGAAACUGCCGAGUCGUAUGUCUGCCAGGAUGCUGCAGAGAAUGAAGGAAAAUGCUGUUCCCUUGUCUCCAAAAAACUUGGACCCACCAGCUGCUUUUAGUCAAAUCAUGGUUUCUGAAGAAGAAGAAGACCAGCAGAGCACAUACAAUGCUGAAAAAUUACUUAUGCGUGAAAACUCCAACCAAGUUGGAGAAAAAAGUUUUAUCAAGGAGAGCUGCCUCCAAGGAUCUCAACGUUUAGAUUUAGCAUUUCUAGACUUCCAAGGUGGGCACAAGCCAAAGUUGAAGGCUCUACAGCAAGUAGAACUAAAAACUUGUCCUCCAGUUGGUGACGGUUGGGAAUGUGGUGCUUCGUGCCCAGAAGUUCAAAGUCCACUCAGUACUGUUGUGGGAAGCAGGGAGUCAUACAUCAGUAGCUUGUCCGGAAGUUCUUCUGCUAGUGGAAACAGCCAAAGUUCACCAACGCCUCAAGAUACUCACAGCUGCUUUGCCAUGGACAAACGUUGGCUCAAUGUUUAUACUGUGUGUUUGGAUCCACUCAAUUCUCCAGUGGUGCCUCAUUUAGCAGAUCUGAAUAUGUCAGUUGCCUCAUCGAAUUCAAUACAAAAUUCAACAGAAAAACCAAGUGAUGGUGGGUGCUCUUCUGUGCAAGCUAACCUUGCUGUAGAAGAGGGGCGCAAAGCUAGUUCAAAAAGACAUGCUUGUCCUGAUAAUUAUGGCUUUCUUGGGAAAAAUGACAAUUUAUCUGGCUUCGAUCAUACAAGUAAAUGCCAUAAGGCAGCUGCUGGUCAUGUGGCAGAGCAGCUGCAUUCACAUAAAUCUGGAUGCCAAAUUCAAGAAACAAUGGAAGUCGAUGCUGGUCAUACGCAGUCAGAAGGAAAUGAUUUUUUCAAGCAUCAUUUUGGCAGUCUAUCAACCACAUGCAAGGUGGAGGGAAGUAAAUCAUCAGUUCCAAGAAGGCACUCUGCAAAAUAUGUGGUGCGCCAGGACCAUACAGGAGGAUGCAAGGAACUGUUUGACACACCUGUCCAAAAUUUUCAUCAUAAAACCUCGAACUACAGAGCAGAAGCUGUCCCCCACGUUACCUCAGAGGAUCCAAUAACCCAGAAUCUGGACGAACAGCAAGAGACAGAAUCUUCCAAACAGGACCUAAGGAACUCAACACAGGGCUUGCUGAUCUCAACUCAUCCUCUCUCGCAAGUUGAAUUGACUAAAUGCGUCCUCGCAGAAGAUUCUUUAAACGUGAAAUUAUCAGAGGCCAUGGAUCAAAAGGAACACAUUCCUGAAGCCGAAGGAAAGAAUCUUCAGCAAAAACUAACUCAAUGCUGGGAAGCAGUAAUCAAUUUGGACAACGCUGCUGAGAAUGCAGUCCAUUUAUUUUCAGAAUUAGGAACUAUGAUCUCCACAGACGAGAUAUCAAAUAGUCCUGGAGCUAAGUUAUAUAGUGACGCAGGGAAGCUAAUGCCAUCAAUUGCGAAUAAACUCAAUGCAAUUUCGGAACAGGUGCAACGUAGGAGCCACAUGUCAAGCAAGAGUAGGGUUGAAGUUUCAGGACUGGAACCUUUGUUAGGAACAUUUGCUGAGAGUCUAUCCGAAAGGGUUGUUGAGAUAGUGAAGGAGAACCUCAGCAACAGCAAGGAUUAA